CCCUUGACCCCCACGUGAACACAAACUACCGUAGCCACUUCCUGAUUACUUAAUCUAUUAUUUUGUGUGAAAGGGGAUGAGGUUUGCUGAGAGAAAAGCUGCCCAUUGAAACUGGAUUAGAAAUUCAGACAAAAUGAGCUGGAUGCCCUUCAAGAUUGGACAACCAAAAAAGCAGAUUGUUUCCAAAACAGUUGAAAGAGACUUUGAACGAGAAUAUGACAAGCUCCAAAAGUUGGAAGAUCAGACAAAGAAGCUCCACAAAGACAUGAAGAAAAGCACAGAGGCUGAUAUAGCGAUGUCCAAGGCAGCAGUGAAGAUCUCAGGUGACCUGCUCAGUAACCCGCUGUGUGAACAGGACCAGGCCUUCCUGGAGUCCAUGACGGCUCUGGACACAGCCAUGAAGAGGAUGGACUCCUUUAACCAGGAGAAGGUGAACCAGAUCUCAAAGACGGUGAUCGAUCCUCUGAAAAAGUACAGCAGUGUGUUCCCCAGCCUCAACAUGGCCGUGAAACGAAGGGAGCAAGCUCUACAGGACUACAAGAGGUUACAGUCCAAGGUAGAGAAGUAUGAAGAGAAGGAGAAGACAGGUCCCAUCAUGGUCAAACUACACCAGGCCAAGGAGGAGCUGAGACCAGUCAGGGAGGACUUUGAAUCCAAGAACAAGCAGCUGUUGGAUGAGAUGCCCAAGUUCUACCACAGCCGCAUCGACUACUUUCAGCCCAGUUUUGAGGCACUCAUCCGGGCACAGGUGGUGUACUUCACAGAGAUGCACAAUAUCUUCAGUGAGUUGACGGAUCAGAUCGACCAGGCAGGGCUGACUGAUGAGCAGAGGGAGAGGGAGAACGAGGCCAAGCUGAAUGAGCUGCGUGCUCUGUCCAUUGUCGCUGAUGACUGAGAGAGUGAGAGCACCAAGAAGGGGAAGGGCUCCCUCUAAACCUCUGGCCUUGCCUCCUUUCACACCUCAGUGAAUGGAUUUAUCUUUUUCAGGAUCCUUCUCACUGUGAAAAUGGACCGCUUUGGUCAUAGCCUAAUCAUUAAUAGCUUUCUUGCACUAAUCUCCUCUCUCUCUCUCCUUCACUCUUCUCUCAAUUCACUCACCUGACCCUUUCCUAACAUCUAAAGAAACACUGAGAGCAACUCAAAGAAUUUUAACUGCCACAUUUACCAAGCCAUCAGCUAAAUGCUAUUAUCAUAAGCCAAUAUGUAUAUAUUUUUUAAAUCGUGUAAUGAAACCGUUCUUCUAAGAACUAAUUUGUGGUUCACACCAUAGAAUUACAAAUAGUACUAUAGAUUUAUAAGAUCUCUGUGGGUCACACCUUUCUUCUCAAAGCUGCAUACUCAGUUUGAAUCCGUUUUCUAGUCAUUUCCAAAUCAAGGUAUGUACCAAAACAUGCAUUUCAUCAAGUCUAUGUAUACCAGGAAAUUAAUUUAUUGAAGCAAAUUGGAUAGUACUGUAAGCGGACUAGAGGAUGAAAUGUGACUCGGGUUGGUGGGUCAAAAAGCUACAUUAAUUUGAAUCGCUCCAUUUCUGUGUUAUUCACUAUAUUUCCCCUCAGGGUUUAUGCACACUGAUCUAGCCUGUGUAUUGUGGACCAGGAACAUAUUUGUUGAGGUAAAAAUGAUAUUGAAAGUUACCUGUAGUAUUUAACACUAGCCACUCCAGCUUCCUGACUAUGGAUAUCAUAAGUCAAUGUCAUUAUUUUUCAGAUCUGUGAUGGUGCCUGUAUAAAGGAGUGUCAACAUUUUUCUUUGGCUUUUGCCUAAUCGUCCCCUGCUUCUGAAAGGCUAAGGAAUAAUCUGACAUUGUCUUAGACUGAGAUGGUCCUUUUACCCUUCUUGUUCUUCUUCGCAUAGGUUUGGAGGACUUGUUUUCCAAAACCAAUGCUGUUGCUCCCUCUAGUGGCACUUACAGUUCAUUGUUCAUUUGACCAUAUCUACGUUCUUUGUCAAUUUCUCAUGUUAAGGGAAACCUCUUGCCUUUUCUUUGUGGACAGCUAUGCACAAAAUGCAUUUGACUAAAUUAGCGUAGAUUUUUUAAACUUUUCUGACAGGCCUGGUUCUAGUUAAUUUAACAUUAUUAUUGAGUGAGAAACUUGACAUGUAAUCUGUUAAGAGUGGGUUUUAUCAUUUUUGUUGAGCUAUGUUACCAUCUGUUUAGAUGUUGUUUUCAACUUUUUCUAUGAACAAUCAUGCAAUACAUGGAUUGGAAGAAGGGUUUCCUUCAUUGUUCAACUAAAUAAAACUGAAUAAUGACAA